CAUUCUACAAAUACAAUCGGUAGGACGGAGUUUUUACAACUCGAAACUAUUUUUCCAAAUUUAAAAAUAGAACCUUUACAUCAUGUCGAAAGGAACAGGACCUCUUUCUAAAUUAUACAACCUGAUAAUCCAUUCCGUUGAUAACGUUGUGCCCCAAGUGGCAAGGCCCUUAUGGGAAGCUCCGGCAGGUCCAAAAACAGUUUUCUUCUGGGGGCCUUUCGGUAAAUGGCUCCUCGUUCUUGCUGGAAUUGGAGAUAUCCUGCAGCGACCGCCGCAAAAUGUAUCCCUCAACCAGUCGAGCGUGUUGGCAGCAACUGGCUUAGUCUGGUCCCGGUACUCCGUGGUCAUCAUUCCGAAAAACUAUAGUCUGCUCUCAGUAAAUUUCGUUGUAUUUUUAACUCAGGCAUAUUUAAUUGGCAAGCAUCUGAAAUGGCGUUACGCGAAUUCGAAAAACACGGCGUAGCAUUAAGUAGAUUUUCCCAUUUCUCAAUUGCAGUAAAGAUGAUCUGAAAAGAAA